AGUUAACUCAGCCACAAAGUCAAAACCCCCGCCCAUUCCUACAUUUUAUUUGAUUAAGAUCAGAUUUUAAAUCUAACCGUAUGACUAAUAUUAAUCUUAAAUUAAGACCAAAAAACUCAUUUUUGUUUUCAUUCAUUUUUACGAUAUAGGCAAUUUAACUUUGUGGCUGUGGUAACUAGUGCUUCAAUUCUGGUUUUGAUUUACAGCACCACAAAAAAGCCACAUGCGUUUGCAUCGCGUGGAAAUAGUUUUUGGUACAAUUCGCUCCGGCCGCUGAUCUUAUUUGUUCUACGAAGGCGCACAAGAACAUGUCUUUCCGAGGAGGUGGUGGAAGAGGUGGCCGUGGCGGUGGAUUCAACCGUGGUGGAGGGGGAAGAGGCGGAUACGGUGGUGGUGGCGGUGGAGGAGGAUAUGGGGGUCGAGGUGGCGGCGGUGGUUUCCGAGGUGGUGGACGAGGAGGCUUUCAGGACUAUGGCCCUCCAGAAUAUGUUGUUGCACUAGGGGAGUUUAUGCACCCCUGUGAGGAUGAAAUUGUGUGCAAGUGUGUAACGGAGGAGAACAAAGUUCCCUACUUCAACGCGCCUGUGUACUUGGAAAACAAGGAGCAGAUCGGGAAGGUGGAUGAAAUCUUCGGUCAGCUACGUGACUUUUAUUUCUCUGUCAAACUCUCUGAUAAUAUGAAGGCAUCCUCGUUCAAAAAAUUACAGAAGUUCUACGUAGAUCCAAUGAAACUCCUACCACUACAGAGGUUUCUUCCCAGACCCCCAGGUGAGAAGGGUCCUCCAAGGGGAGGCAGAGGAGGUAGAGGUGGAAGAGGAGGUCCCCGCGGAGGUGGAUUCCGUGGUGGCAGGGGUGGUGGUGACCGUGGCGGAUUUGGAAGAGGAGGCUUCGGUGGUGGUGACCGUGGCGGAUUUGGAAGAGGAGGCUUCGGUGGUGGGCGGGGAGGUGGAGGAGGAUUCAGAGGAAGGGGAGGUGGAGGCGGACGAGGAUUCAGAGGUGGCAGAUGAUGACAAACACUGUAUACCUCGUGGGAUCCUCACCAAGUGUCAAUCCCUACAGGAAGCAAAUCAGUGCAAUGCGAUGCUGGAGCUUGGCUCUGUUGGACUUGACAUGGAGAACGAACAUGGCAUCUUUUUAUACUGCUCAAUUAUCAAUUUGUUUUGUUUUUGUAUACCAAUCUAUGAUGAAUGUGUGAAUGAAUGGCUUUUUAUUUAAUGAACCUUGAAAGCACUCUGCUGUCACAGGGAAUAGUAUCAUUAAUAUCCCAGUUUUUUUCAACUCUUCAACAUUGUUCACACUGGAUGGUUUCGGGGUACAUUUAGGAUGUGGCACUGUAUUAUACUGUUGAAAUAUGAUUGAGAGCUUUCAUGUUGGAGUGCAAUGUUGAUAAGAGACAGAAAUUGAUAAUACCUUGAAUUUUAUAAGACAUAUAAGGCUUGGUUUUGUAAGUGGAAGAUAUGAUGGACAUUAGUAUUCAUUACAAUCAGUGGAAAAUAUUGUAUUUACCCCAGAAAUCCAAUGUGGUUACAGAGUACUGCCACCUUUUGUAAAGAAAAGCCUUUGAUUAAACAGUGCUCUGUAGAAGUUUCUCCCCUUUUUAUUUGGACAUCUAACUUCAUGUCUUUUAUUUUUGCUCAUGCAAAUAAACAAGUGUUCCAGAAUCGGAACAAUACCACCUCCAAAUUCAGGGUGAUUUUGUGUUUGUUUCAACACCUUUUGUCAACUGGUCAUGUACCAAAAGAAAAAUCGGUUGCUAGUACCACUGCCGAAACCAAAUAAUCCAACAGUUCUCUGCAAAGGCUAAUUAUAAAUCUUUGAAAUUUGUUAGCUGUUUGUGUGGAUUAAAUGUGAUCAUUUAUGUCUUCACCAUA